UUUCGCUUGAAAAUUAGAAUUUCUUUAUUCGAAAAUCCGAGGGAUGGGUAGGAGAUGAGGUUUGUGUGGAUAUUUCGCGUAGUUUUCAUUUCCGCUUUUUUAAAUGGGACCUGUGGUGAUCGUGGUAAUUUGAAGAAAUUUUGGAAACCUUGUUUUGUCGGAGAUCAAAUAGAAAACACGUGCACAGAUCCAAGUAACUCUUGUCACGGGAAAUCAGACAAACAGUUCAAGCUUGUCCGCUUGGAGGGAGUGAAGACAGGUCACGUGCAGUGGUUGGAAGUCGACGAUGAGAGGAAGCCCAUAAAACUCAUCACUCGAGCAAUGACACCAUUAGUUCUUGAGAUUCCCGACUUCUUGUCAGAGGAAGAGUGUGAUCACAUCAUAACACUGGCAAAGGAAAGUGGACUCCAGACAAGUACUUCAGGAUAUUUCACCUACGACGGAGACUUGGACGAGGAACUAGCCCUAGCUGACAGUGACUGGACUCUCGCACCUGAGCAAGCAUUUGCUGGAAACUACAGUCUUUGGGAUGCAAAUGGUGAUGGUUCCAUUGAUGCACAAGAGGUGAAGGCAUUUGCUGGAAAACACAAACAACUCUAUCUGAAUGAUGAAGAAGUGCAAGAAAUGGUUAAACGCCUUCAAAUCGCUGAUGAGCUCAGAGAUGGGAGAAUAACAGAGCAAUUUUUCAACAAGUUGAAUAUCAACAAGAUAAUGCGGUACAUGAAUUUUUUGAAAGACAAAAGCCCACGCCAUAGGUUUCGUUUUAGCCAGCAGGCCUGGUUACGGCAGGACAAAACCGCUGACCCUGUUCUGAGACGUCUUCAUGAAAGGGUUAUAAGGCUAACCAAGCUUCCGAGGAAGAUAGUCCAAGGGGGAGAACCAAUGCAGGUUCUUCGUUAUGAGAAGUUUGGUCAUUAUCACGGCCACCUGGAUUCUACCAUAAAAGACCCCACAGUCCCUUGCUGUCAUCAAAACCAUCUCAGAGCACCCGACUGCAGAGUCUGUAGGUUUAUCACUAUUUUGUAUUAUCUUAACAAUGUAGAAGAAGGAGGAGAAACAGCUUUCUUGAUAGCUGAUAACACUACAACCACUCCAGAUGAAAUUGAAAAUUCAAAAGCCGCGACAAAUGAAUUCAAUCUCAGCAUCAAUUGUCAUUCAGCGAACCUAGUACUACCUCCAAAGAAGGGCACGGCCAUUAUGUGGUACAACAAUUUCAUCGACCCAGACAGUGGUCUGCUCGGAGCAGUGGACCGCUCCACGUAUCAUGGGGGAUGUGACGUCAUCAAGGGAGAGAAAUGGAUCGCUAACAAUUGGCUGACAGCGCCAACCAAAUACUCAAAACACAUCAAGAGCAUGUUUGAUACAGGAUUUGAUUAAA